CGGGGAGCGUUAGCCUCGCGCUCUCUCUCUCUAGAAUUUUUUUCGUGACCCUUUAAUUCGUGGCUCUCUCGGUCUCCGGGCGGGGAAGAGGGAGAGAGGGAGGGAGGGGGAAGAAGGACGAGGUACAAAUCCUCCCUUCUCGCUCAAGAUUGCGCAGAGCCGGAGACGGGAGUCUGAAUCUCCCUCCCCCUCUGUCUCUCUGGAGCGGCGGCCGCCGGCGUUGUUGCGGUUCCGUGGCGCCGUCGGUUUAGGGAGAAGUUUACAUCGGGGGGAGGCUAGAUCGGCCGGGAGAGCGCAAAGAAAGGACGUCUCCUCGUCGCUCGAGUCUGCGACGGAAGAGAGUCAGAGGGAGAGGGACGGGGACAGGGAGACGAAAGCGACUGGAGAAAGGAAUCCGAUGACGCGAGCGGGAGGGGUCGCCGAUGCUUGAAAAAGGUUCGCCUCUUGAUGCUUGCGGCAUCCUCAGGUUGGAGUUUUCACUGCGGUGGAGGGCGUGGGGUUUGCCGUAUUCACGGAUCGUCUUUACUAAGAGUAUAUUCCGCUUUGCUGGCUGCACUUUUAAUCGUUUCCGCCAUUUUAAAAGAUUCAUCCCCCAACAUUCUCUCGCUCUCCACUAUUCAUUGGCAGAAAAGUUCAUUUCAUUGUAAUUCUCACCCCCAUCGACCAAGAAGAUAGUGGGGAAAGGACCAUGGAGGAGAGGGGGAGAAGGUCGACGCUUCUGGACCAAAUGACCGUCCAGACGCUCAACCUCGGCGAUUUCCUCCAAGCGCAAGAGGAGGACCCAUCGCAGCAACGCCGGACGCUCGGCGCUGUCCUCAAGAUCGAGGACGCACGCGGUGGCAGCCAGAGCCUACUCGACAUCCUCAACAGCGAAGACGUCCAUAGCGCCCUCCGCCCUGGUUCCAAGAUGCCGUGGAAGUCAUUCGUCCAUCGUCUCAGGCAUCGUCGAGUCGCCGCUGCCUUCGCCUGCCCCCCGCCAGCUAGACGGCCGGCCGGGAACGAAUCCGAGCACCAGCCCGAGCAGGAGAGCGUGACGUUCGCGCAGAACUCCCCUCCGGAGGAAGUGGCGUCUGAAGGGGAGACGAUUCGGCGGGCGAGCAUGAACCUCGCGGCGGCGUUGGCGGCAGAAAGGGAGAGCAGUCGGGCCACCGUGGAAGCAGAGGGCUCAAUGGCACCGGCGACCGAAGUGGGCACACCGGUCAGGAUGUCGCUGAUGGCGCUAUUGGAGGAGGCAGACCGACCGGCGAUGGACGACGGCCCACCGCGGCCGGCGGCGGCAGGCGUGCUGAGGGAAGCUGAGCCUGGCUGCGGCAUGGAGGAGGCAGGGCCGGGGGCCGUGGAACGGUCAUGUUGCGUAUGCAUGGUGCGGCACCGGGGCGCGGCCUUCAUCCCCUGCGGCCACACCUUCUGCAGGGCGUGCUCGCGCGAGCUGUGGGUGAGCCGCGGCUCCUGUCCUCUCUGCAACGGAUUCAUCCUCGAGAUCCUGGACAUCUUUUAGCAGGUACACGUUUCAUCUUCCAAUUGGCCGAUACGGAUUAAACAAAAUUGGUCUUUUCAACGUCUCCGUUCGUUCCCUUCUCUCGCCUAUUCUCUUUUUUUUCGUUUUUCUUUUUCCCCUUGUUUUGUUUUGUUUUUGUUUUUUUUUGUGUUUUCUAUUUUUGGGGGAUCUUUCACCUGUGAUAGAUCGCUCCCAACAUGGGACAAAAGGAAAAAAAAUGGUGUCGAGAAAAAGGGAUGAAGAUGAUGAUGGGAAUGGGCUUGCGUCUUUCUGCCGAUAUAUUGUAAAUGAUGAAUGUCCGUAUGUCUUUGUAAUUCAGUUAGCUCGAAAGGUAAAAGCAAUUUGGUGCUUCUAUUUAAA